UCCUGUACUGGGCCAUUUUAGAGAAAAACAAUUUGGAAGAUGGUUGCUCUAAAGGGUAUUCCUGCCAUUAUUUCCCCAGAACUGUUGUAUACUUUGGCGAAGAUGGGUCACGGAGAUGAGCUGGUUCUUGCUGAUGUAAACUUUCCAGUUUCUUUAAUUUGCCGAUUUGGUCCAACUGAAGUAAGAGCAGAUGGGUUAGGUGGACCACAGCUCUUGGAGGCCAUUUUAAAGUUGUUUCCAAUUGAUACAUAUGUCACUAAUGCAGCUGCUGUGAUGAAUUUGGACGAAGCUGACCAAAGAAGACAACUUUCUAUACCCGUGUGGUAUAUAUAUGAGAGUUUACUGAGGAGAUCUGGAUUAGAUGAAUAUACAAGUAUGGAUUAUAUAAAAAGGUCUGCAUUUUAUGAGCGAGCAAAAAAAGCAGCUGCUGUUGUAGCCACUGGAGAGAUGUCGCUGUAUGGAAGCCUGAUUAUAAGGAAAGGUGUGAUUACUGUUGAAGACCAGAAGUGAUAAAGAGGCAAAGGAGUUCUAAUAAAAUAAAUAAAUAAAUAUGCAUUUAAAAACA